AAACAGGUGCUUCCCUCCGCUGUUCUCUGCGCUGCUCGGGUAUAAAAGCGGUGCGGACGUGCGCCCACUCUGCAAUCAACAUGGCACCCAAAACGGUCUUCGCUCUCCUGGUCGUAGUCUGUCUCGCGGAGCUGACGUGGGCUUCUCCAGCUCCGUUCCACAGCAGGCGGUCAACGAACGCCACAACAGCUACUGCUACAAACGCCACAGCUAACAGUUCUUCCAACGACGCCGCCAGCGACGACGACAGCUCGAGUAGCAAUAUAUUCAGCGAGAUCAAGGAACACGUAGACAACGUUUUCGGUAACAUAUUUGGCAAACGCUCUGUUGACUCCAGCAAUUCCUCUGACGUCAGCUCUUCCUCCAACACCACCACCACCAGCAAUGACACUUCCUCCGAUAACGUUUUCGACGAAAUUAAAGACAAUGUGGAAGGGUUCUUCGGUCACCUGUUCGGGAAGCGCGCCGUGAAGUUCCCGACACCUGACGUGUUCACCAAACUCUACGAGGAGUGGGCAAACCAGAGAGCCAACCGCUCCGUCACCGUUAGAGCCACCAACAGCAGCUUCACAAUGGGCGACUUGUUUACCGAGGUUGUCAAGGGCUGGCUCAAUGGAGACUACAGCAAGCGGUCUGUUACCGUGAGGGAGACCGACAACAGCUUCACAAUGGGCGACUUGUUUGUCGAGCUUUUCAAGGAAUGGCUCAAAGGAAACCUGGACAAGCGUUCCGUUACCGUGUAAACAUACAGAUAAUGGUCGGUUUUGUCAUGUACUUUGUGCACCACUUACAAGAGCAAUUAAGUGACUACAGAUGCAGCACACUACUUGAUCUUAUUUCUGGUAAUUUAUUCCUGAACUAUUCAUUUGUGCAAUACAGCUAUUUUCACAAUAAACAGAUAUAGUUAUCCUUUA